AUGUCCGACUAUCCCGGAGCCCAGACCGGGAACCGCAAGGACGCCUUCGCCGAUGCCGUGCAGAGGGCCCGCCAGAUUGCAGCAAAAAUUGGCGCGUGAUGCCACCGGUGGAGUGAAUAACACCCCAGAAUUUAACUUUGGCGGUCAAAAGAGGCAGCUUGAAGAUGGAGACCAACCAGAGUGCAAGAAACUGGCAACGCAAAGUGAACCUAUUGCCCAGCCACUUGCGCCAGUUCUUCCUCCUCGGUCGGCUACACUGACUGAAGAGUAUCGUGUCCCAGACGGCAUGGUGGGACUUAUCAUCGGCCGUGGUGGGGAACAGAUAAAUAAGAUCCAACAAGAGUCGGGAUGUAAAGUUCAGAUUUCUCCAGACAGUGGAGGUUUACCAGACAGAGUUGUGUCGUUGACAGGCUCUCCAGAUUCAGUUCAAAAAGCCAAGAUGAUGCUUGAUGAAAUAGUUGCACGGGGUCGUGGGGGACCACCUAGUCAGUUCCAUGACAACUCCAAUGGACAGAACGGAUCUUUACAAGAGAUCAUGAUCCCUGCCGGAAAAGCUGGGCUGAUUAUUGGCAAGGGUGGAGAAACCAUCAAACAGUUACAAGAGCGUGCUGGGGUCAAGAUGAUCCUUAUUCAAGAUGCCUCACAGGGCACUAAUGUGGACAAGCCUCUUCGAAUUGUUGGAGAACCAUUCAAAGUGCAGCAAGCCUGUGAGAUGGUUAUGGAUCUCUUGAGAGAAAGAGAUCAAGGUAACUUUGGAGGAGGAAAUGAAUAUGGUUCCCGAGGAGGAAUAGAUGUACCUGUCCCACGGCAUUCUGUGGGGGUGGUCAUUGGACGGAAUGGGGAGAUGAUUAAGAAGAUUCAGAAUGAUGCUGGUGUCAGGAUACAGUUUAAACAAGAUGAUGGGACUGGUCCCGAUAAGAUAGCACACAUCAUGGGUCCACCAGACAGGUGUGACCAUGCAGCCAGGAUUAUUGGGGACCUGCUGCAGAGUUUGAGGAGUGGUCCACCUGGACCCCCAGGCCCUGGCAUGCCACCAGGUGGCAGAGGAAGAGGCAGAGGGCAAGGACCAUGGGGACCUCCUGGUGGUGAAAUGACAUUCUCUAUUCCCACUCAUAAAUGUGGCCUGGUAAUUGGCCGAGGUGGGGAGAACGUCAAGGCAAUUAACCAGCAGACAGGAGCAUUUGUGGAGAUCUCCCGACAACCGCCACCUAACGGUGACCCCAACUUUAAAAUGUUCAUUAUCCGUGGCUCACCACAGCAGAUUGACCAUGCCAAACAGCUAAUUGAAGAAAAAAUUGAGGGCCCUCUUUGUCCGAUUGGGCCUGGCCCUCCCGGUCCUGGUCCAUCUGGACCCAUGGGACCAUUCAACCCAGGCCCUUACCCACCCGGACCUCCAGGAGCUCCUCCACAUCCGGGUCCUCCGCCACCACCUCCCCCACACCAAUAUCCUCCACAAGGUUGGGGAAGCACGUAUCCCCAGUGGGGGCAGCCGCCAGCUCCUCACGACCCCACAAAACCUCCAGCCCCCACAGACCCCAGUGCAGCCUGGGCUGCUUAUUACUCACACUAUUACCAGCAGCCUCCUGCCCCCGUCCCUGGACAACCUCCUGCUGUCCCCGUCCCGCCACCACAAGGAGAACCGCCACAGCAGCCCCCACCUGCCAGCCAGCCUGACUACACAAAGGCCUGGGAAGAAUAUUACAAGAAGAUGGGUCAGCAGACACCUCAACCUGCAGGACAGCCAGACUAUACAAAAGCAUGGGAGGAAUAUUACAAGAAACAAGCUCAAGCAGCGGCCGCCGCAGCAACUGCUGGUGCUCCAGCUGCAACAGCGGCAGCAGCCACCGCCACAGCAGCAGCAACUGCCCCACCUGCAGUCCAGCCAGACUAUAGUGCGGCAUGGGCAGAGUAUUACAGACAACAAGCAGCAUACUAUGGACAGGCACCAGGAGCCCCACCCACACAACCUCCUCCAGCACAGCCAGGGCCACAG